CUCAGUUACUCUCGAGACGCAGAAGGGAAAGGUAGUGUCGCGCGGUCUCUCCACCCUUCAUCACUUGCCCACUCCGUUCAGCAAGAGUUUCACAGCUUCUCAUCGUGCGUCCCGCCUUCCUGUGGCUGCCUUAGAGGAGGAUUAGCAGCGGCGUGAGUGAUGACGUCACCGUGAUGGAGGAAGCUGAUUGGCGGUGACUCCUCCCCCUCCUCCUCCUCCUCCCCCCAAGAGAUGGAGGGACUUUCCUCCUUCCCUCUCCUUCUCUCCAAUCAUUCCUUCAACGAUGACCUCAGCCGGCCCCCCCACCCCCCGCCCCCCGGUGAGGGUAUGGUGCCCCCUGCCAACACCUCCGCCCCCACCAUGGGUUACCUGCGCAGCGCCCCAUGGGUCGUUCCGCUCCUUGCUGCCUCCGCCACCAACGCCGCCGCCAUAGUUGCCUUCGAGGUGUACGUGGUGGUUCGGGCAGUCCACGGCACACCCUCCCGAAGACACCUGUUCCUGGGCCAGUCGCUGCUGAUGGGGCUGCUCCUGGCCUCCCUCACUGGGGUGCCUGUCGCCCUCACACCCACCCCCCUCACCUGCGGAGCCACCAGGUUACUGGCGGGGGUGUCUGGUGCCCUGGUGUUCGGUGUGCUGCUUGUCAAGUGCGUGUUCCUGGUCUCGCUGAACUCUGGGGUCUAUCUGCCAGCCCACUACCAGGCGCUGCUGUUGUUCUUCAUUGUGUUGGUACAGGUCACCAUCAACCUUCAGUGGCAGUGGUCGCAGCCGGCGGGGGUGGCGGUGGUGCGGGAGGGCGGCGGUGCGGGCCUCCUCCAGCUAUCCUGCAUGGCGUCCUACAGGCAGGUCCUCCUCUCCCUCAUAUACGUCAUCCUGCUGCUGGUGGUGGUGGCAGCCAUGGCGGUGAAGUGCCGCAGCAUACGAGAGAACUACAGAGAGGCGGCGUACAUCGGUGCAGCGCUGGGCCUGGUGCUGCCGCUGUGGCUGGCGUGGACCCUGGCCGGCCUCAUCGUGCCCCCGUCCCUGCAGCCGCCUUGCCUUGGGUUUGGUCUUGUCGCAACGGCCACCAUCGUGUUCGUGGUCAUGUUCAUCCCCAAGGGUCGGCAGCUGGCAGCCAUGGGUAAGGAGGGAGUGUUUCGGGAGGACCAAGAAGACCACCUCUCCACCAUCUCAGGCGGGGGCGGCCGAUACUCCCCGUCCUUCUUCCACUUCAAGCCCAUCAAGACGGCCAAGGAUAUCCUCUCUCACCACCAGCCAGCCUCCCUCUACAAGACACGCCUCAGCUCUCUCUUUAACUACUGGGCACCACCACCACCACCACCACUCCCCCACCACUACUACUACCACCACCACUACUAUCCAGGUGUGGGCCGAGGUGAUGACGGGGUGUACACGACCAUAGACCCACCCACUCCGUACCCACCUGCUGCCUCCAAUCCCAACUUCUACCUGUUCCGCUCGCACGCCCACACCGGAAUGAUGUACUGAGGGGACCGCUACUACUACUACUACUACAAUGGAGGAUGUGUGGAAGAAAAGCAUAAAGAGAGGAAUGAUAAUGGUGAACUCUCUUGCUUUUUUUGUUUCGUCUUUUUGCAGCACUCUGUAAAUGGCGAAUAUAUGUUACGGAAGUGUUGCAUAUAAGGUGUGUAUGUGUGUGUGUGUGUGUGUGUGUUCCGAAGUAUUUUUUUUCUUUUCUUUAUUUGUCUUGCAGUGUGAUGUGUGUGUUGCUGUGGUUUUGUGAGGCAUAAUGACAAGUAGGCUCAAGGUUGUUAUGGAGAUGAGCACUGAGGUCAUGUGCAUGUAUUGUGUAUGCUCCCGACUUUACUUAUACUUACUUUAGGUUAGAAUGCAACGUUAAGUAAAGGGUCAGUUCAGCAGUAUUAAGUGAUGUGUGUGUGUGUGUGUGUGUGUGUGUGUGUGUGUGUGUGU